UGUCCGCAGACUCCGCCACGCUUGAGUGGCGCGCGCGCUCUGUUGCACCGAUCUUUCACCUUCGCAAUAUAGGCGCCUAUAAAACCUUGUCAUUGCAAUUUUGUGACGUUACUUUCAUCCCAACACAAACGCGAAGACAACCAGAUACGCUGAAUAGUUGCGCCCUCAAAAGGAAUUUAUUUGGGUUCAUACCCACUUUAAAAAUGUCCAGAUUCAUAUGUUUGUUAUUAGUGUGGGCGAUAUGUGAAGCCGGCAGCCAAGAGAGCGACAAGGGAUUCGUCGACUCUCUGGAUUUCGCGCCUCUGUUUGGAGAUUCCGGCGUUACACCUCUUGCUUCCCAACCUAUUGCUGCAGCGAUGCUCAAAAUAGAUAAGAGUCAAUAUCCCCAACUAUUCGAUACCGUUGUUAGUAGUUCAAUUGAUUCCUUACAAACUCGAGUGGCUCCUGUGGAAAGUGUGUUUUCCGCUGAAAGUUUUGGUUUUAAUCCAAUCGCUAGUAAAAGCUUUCACUCGCCACAGAAGUCGGCCAGACUAGUUGCUCAACCAAAACAGCAACGUCCACAACCGCAUUUAGUUCCUAUAGGGCAGCAACUCAGCCCUUUGCGAUAUGACAUUAGAACUGUUCACGAUGCCGACUAUAAAGUAUAUAAACCUGAAGAAAAUGAACAAGGCGAGGAGAUUUUGUCGGCGUUGAAAAAGAACCCUUCAGUUGCGGCCUAUUUUAAACCCGCUGUUACUAACGUUGAAGUAGCUCACCCUUUGAAUUAUCGCAAAGAAGAACUGGUUGAAAAUCCCGAAGUAGAACAAAACUACAAGCAAAAUGCUUAUAUUCCAGGACCUCCACGUCUUCGAAGAUACACCAGAGGAAGACAAAGAGAAAACCUAAAAAAGCGCGACGAUGACGACGAUGAUCCUUAUGGGUAUAAAUCUGAUUACAUCUCCAGGCCUAAGGCCUUCGAUAGCGACAUCUACAGCAGUGCAUACAAGGAAGCAAAAGAUCCUAACAAGGAUUACGAAUAUCCAUAUGGAUACGACUCAGGAUACGAUCAUAAAGAAUAUGAAAGAAUAAAAUCUUUAUCAGAGGCACAAGCGGCAGAAAUCAAGAAGAAUCCCGAAAAUUGUAAAGAGGUGAAAAGGGACGAUAUGACUUGCAUGGUAUGCAAAGACGCCAAAACGGGCGGAAAUUAUGAAUCUUGUUCGUAUGUGACUGAACCUAAAAACAACAAAUACGCUUAUUCCAAAGAAAAGAAAUAUGACAGCAAUGACGAACCUGAUGAACCCGAGUCCAAUCAAAAAGAAGAACCAACGAAACUUGCAAAAUACGAGGAAUCAAAUGACAGUCCCCACAAACAUAAUGAUCACCAAUCAGAGUCGAAACCAUAUGCAAGCUAUAAACAGGAGCCCAAGGAUGAAGGUAGCUCCGGGGAGAAUUAUAAGUCCUACUAUGUGCACACCACAAAACCAAAACCAAGCGAAGCCUUAAGAGCUGCUGAAAAUGACAAAUCAGACGAAAAUGUGGAAUCAUUAGUAAAACCUUACAAUUAUAAAAAGGCUAUUCCCGGAUUCUAUACAGAUAACGAACCUAAGAAGGAUGUUGAACACGUAUUAGCAGAAUUUAAGAAAAAAGAUAGAUCAUCAUGCAAAAAAGUGCAAAAGAAUGGAAUGACAUGUUUCCAAUGUAUAGACAAGUCGGGCUUGAAACAUGAGGAAUGCAUGUUUGUUUCAGAGUCAGCGCCCAAGAGUAGUCAUCUUGCUUAUCAAGAGCUUAAAGAAUUUACUUCUAAGCCGCCAGCCCUAGAUGCGUCAAACGAAGGUGCCGAAAGCCAAACAGUUUCCACUAGCGCGCCUCCUGCAAAAUCAGCCGCUUACGUAAUCGCUAAUCCAGGUUAUGGUAAAAAACUUAAACGAAAGAAGGCUCCACAGGCUCUAGCGACUGCUGCUACCAGUCAAGUAGCCAGUGUGUCAGCUUCCCUGACUUCUACACAACAAGAGAAAGUCCAACGAAGCAAGAGGAGUGUUGAAGACGACGCGGAAGCAAAAGCUGAAAUCGUUGACGAAACUAACAUCGCGCCGCCCGAAGAGUUCGCUGGAGACAAUUCUCAUGGUGCAUUCUGGGCGGAAACCAUGCCCCGUUACAGCGCCGCUUUAGGUGUAACUCUCCCUCAAUUUAUGUUAUCUCGAUCAGAACACGAAGCUUCAUUCGAUGAAACUGUUGCCGGUGCGUAAGUUCUAAAUGAUGUGCUUUGUCAAUACAAUCGCAUUAUUAGUAGAGCGUGUCGAUUGAAAAACGCUUUGGACCGAAGCCUGAACAGAAGGUAACAGGUACCUAUAGAUAUUGUUGCGUAACUAAAAAGAUUUCACAGACAGACGUGCCGCUAAGUAGCAUAAAAUGUUUCAAAAUAGUCAAUAUAACUGGAACGUAAAAAAAGUUGAAAGUUUUCAAACGCAUGGUGAAAAACUUUUAGAAUAUUUUAAUUAUAUGCGAUGUGAUAUUAACAUGUUGAACUAAGGACUAUCGUUGUUUGUUGUUAACUAGUUUUAGAUAAAUUGAAUAUUAAAGUAUGUACUUAUUUUGUUU